UCCCUAAUACGAUUUCGACAAGAGUCGGUGCGCGUUGCAUAAGCCCGAAGCAUUGCACUGUUUGCGGGAGAUUCAAUUUCAUCAUCUCCCAUAACUUGGCCACUGCGACAAUGGGCCAUGGGCUCUGCAUAUAAAAGCUAGUAGAGACAAGCCCUUAGUCAUCAGUCGAUUACGUUCCACCCAGAGCUACAGCCCCAUCUCCAGCUCCAGCGCUAGCUCCAGCAUGAGUGCCCGGUCUACCAGCAUUGGCGUUUGCCUGAUCCUGUGUGCAUUUGCCGCUGUUCAGGCUGCCAUCAUCGCCAGCCACCCCGAUGAGCUGAUUUCCAGCCCACCUCAGUAUGAGUUCCAUUAUGCCGUCCACGACAGCGAAACUGGGGAUGUCAAGGACCAGUUCGAGCAUCGGCGUGGCGAGUAUGUAACGGGUCGUUACUCCCUCAUUGAACCCGAUGGCCAUCGCCGAAUUGUGGACUACACCUCCGAUCCGCUGUUGGGUUUCAAUGCGCAAGUUCGUCGUGAGCCCGUUGCCAGCAUCUCCCGCUACUGAACAGACACCGAAAAGGGACAUUCUCAGCGGACAGGACUCUGAAACUACCAUAGAUCAUAUGAUAUGUAUUUGUACAAUAUAUCCACAGGCUGUUGUUUGAAAAGUGUU